AUGACAUCACUCAAGAAGAAGAGUAGGAGGAAGCCUUCUUCCCAGGCCCUGGGGAAUAUUGUUGGCUGCAGAAUUUCUCACGGGUGGAAGGAAGGUAAUGAGCCUGUCACCCAUUGGAAGGCCAUCAUUCUAGGUCAACUGCCAACAAACCCUUCUCUUUAUUUGGUGAAGUAUGACGGAAUUGACAGUGUCUACGGACAGGAGCUCCACAGCGAUGAGAGGAUUUUAAAUCUUAAGGUCUUGCCUCACAAAGUAGUUUCUACUCAGGUGAGGGAUGUCCACCUCGCCAGCGCCCUGGUUUGCAGAGAGGUACAACACAAAUUUGAGGGGAAAGAUGGCUCUGAGGACAACUGGAGUGGGAUGGUGCUAGCCCAGGUGCCAUUCUUACAGGACUAUUUUUACAUUUCCUACAAGAAGGAUCCGGUCCUCUACGUCUAUCAGCUCCUGGAUGACUACAAGGAAGGUAACCUCCACAUCAUUCCAGAGACCCCACUGGCUGAGGCGAGAUCAGGUGAUGACAAUGACUUCUUAAUAGGUUCCUGGGUGCAGUACACCAGAGAUGAUGGAUCCAAAAAGUUCGGAAAGGUUGUUUACAAAGUUCUAGCCAAUUCUACUGUGUACUUUAUCAAAUUUCUUGGUGACCUACAUAUCUAUGUCUAUACUCUGGUGUCAAAUAUCACUUAA